AGCUUCUGCCGUUGUUUGCUUUUUGUGCUUCACAAUGGUUGCAGUUGGUAUUGACCUUGGUACUACCUACUCGUGCGUUGGCGUCUUCCAACAUGGGAAGGUGGAGAUAAUCGCGAAUGAUCAAGGCAAUCGGACGACACCCAGCUACGUUGCUUUCACGGAUACCGAGCGAUUGAUUGGCGAUGCGGCGAAGAACCAGGUGGCGAUGAACCCGCAGAAUACAGUGUUUGACGCCAAACGACUGAUCGGGCGUCGCUUCAAUGAUCCUUCUGUGAAGGCUGAUCGCAAGCACUGGUCGUUCGAUGUGAUCGCAGACGGCGAUAAACCGAAGAGGAGAUAUCAUCAAUGGUGUUGACGAAGAUGAAGGAGAUCGCGGAGGCGUAUCUGGGUAGGACAGUAAAAGAUGCAGUGAUCACGGUGCCUGCUUACUUCAACGACAGUCAGCGUCAGGCGACUAAGGAUGCGGGUAUGAUAGCUGGUCUGAAUGUGUUGCGUAUCAUCAACGAGCCGACGGCUGCUGCGAUCGCGUACGGGCUGGACAAGAAAGUUGGUGCUGAGCGCCACGUGCUAAUUUUCGAUCUCGGCGGCGGUACAUUCGAUGUGUCGGUGUUGACGAUCGAGGAUGGUGUGUUUGAGGUGAAGUCGACAGCUGGUGACACUCAUUUGGGUGGCGAGGACUUCGACAACCGGAUGGUUAGUCACUUCAUAUCCGAGUUCAAACGGAAGCAUAAGAAGGAUAUUAGUGACAACAAGCGUGCAGUGCGUCGGUUACGCACGGCGUGUGAACGUGCGAAGCGUACGUUGAGUUCGAGCGCUCAGGCGAAUUUGGAGAUCGACUCGUUGUAUGAGGGUAUUGACUUCUACACGACGAUCACGCGUGCGCGUUUUGAGGAGCUGAAUGCGGAUUUGUUCCGUGGUACACUCGACCCAGUGGAGAAGGCGCUGCGUGACGCGAAGAUGGACAAGAACCAGAUUCACGACAUCGUGUUGGUGGGUGGUUCGACGCGUAUCCCGAAAGUGCAGAAGCUGUUGCAAGAUUUCUUCAACGGUAAGGAGUUGAACAAGUCGAUCAAUCCGGAUGAGGCGGUGGCCUACGGUGCUGCUGUGCAGGCUGCAAUUUUGACGGGUGACAAGUCUGAGGUAGUGCAGGAUCUGCUGUUGCUGGAUGUGGCUCCGUUGUCGCUGGGUCUGGAAACGGCAGGUGGUGUGAUGACGGCGUUGAUCAAGCGGAACACGACGAUUCCGACGAAGCAGACGCAGACGUUUACCACGUAUUCGGACAACCAACCUGGUGUGCUGAUUCAGGUGUACGAGGGUGAGCGAGCUAUGACGCGAGACAACAACUUGCUUGGGAAGUUCGAGCUGUCGGGUAUUCCGCCUGCGCCGCGUGGUGUGCCGCAGAUAGAGGUGACGUUUGACAUCGAUGCGAAUGGGAUUCUGAAUGUGUCGGCGGUGGAGAAGACGACAGGGAAGCAGAACAAGAUAACGAUCACGAACGACAAGGGACGUCUGUCGAAGGAUGAGAUUGACCGUAUGGUUGCGGAGGCAGAGAAGUAUAAGGCGGAGGAUGCGCAUCAGCGUGAUCGUGUUGCAGCGAAGAAUGCGUUGGAGAGCUAUGCUUAUUCGAUGAAGCAGUCGGCGGAAGACGAGAAGUUGAAAGAUAAGAUACCGGAGUCUGACCGCAAACUGCUGACAGAGAAGUGUUCUGAAGUGCUGACUUGGUUGGAGACGAAUCAGACGGCGGAGAAAGAUGAGUAUGAGCAUAGGCAGAAAGAGUUGGAGAAGUUGUGUACUCCGAUCAUCACGAAGAUGUAUCAGGCUGGUGGUGGUCCUGAGGGAAUGGGUGGCAUGCCUGGUGGUUUUCCUGGCGCUGGCGGCUUUCCUGGAGCUGGUGGCGCCGCGGCUGGUGGUGGUGGACGAGGUCCAACGAUUGAGGAGGUUGAUUAAUUUUAUGUUUUACCACGUAUUGUUUCCUUUGGGUUCAUUCUUUAUUCGGUGUGUAAUAGAUUCUCCUAUCUCUUG